AUGCCACAAUUUUCUGAACAUGUGUCCCAUGAAGAAACACGAAGCUCAUUUUUACCUGCGCAGAACGACAGUUACUUCACCUUUUUCCUACCUCCAAUCACCUUCCCCCAAGUCUCAGACCACCCUGUUUCUUUAUCCCUUAAAUAUCCCAAGCCCCUCGCCUUUGAGGAGGCAGAUUUGAAACUUGUUCUUCUCUCUUCUUGCUUGACUGCUUCACGAAGAAACCUUUUCUUUGACGCAAACCUUGGUGUCUCAGCGUUUGACUUGGUGCCCAUCGGGCAAAUAAACCUGAUUCGAGAGUUUCAGUCCCAAACAUAUCUGAAACAAAGCCAAGAUAGGAUAGGACCUGUUUAUAAAAAGGCUUUGUAUUUUGAGUACAUGGAUGAUACCUUUCAAACGAUCAUUGAAAAACCAUCCUGGUUGGGAUUUUUAGGUCCAAUCAUGAAAGCAGAGACUGGAGAUGUCAUUUGUGUACAUGUGAAAAAUUUUGCUUCAAGAAACUAUAGUUUCCAUCCUCACGGAAUCAACUGCACUAAAGAAAACGAAGGUGCUCUCUAUCCUGAUAACACUACAGGCCCACAAAAGGAAGAUGACCGGCUAGAACCAGGGGCAGGGUAUACUUACCGGUGGUUUGCAGAAGCAACUCAGGGGCCUUGUCCCAAUGACAGUAACUGCAUGACACGGAGGUACCACUCCCAUGUAGAAACUCUAAAAGAUGUGGCUUCAGGACUUCUUGGACCAAUUCUGACUUGUAAAAGAGACUUGUUGGAAAGAAAGGAAGAA